AUGGGAGACUCGGUCACUGGCAAGGUGUCAAAACGCACCACAAAUGGAAGCACGGGAAACCCCUCCAAGAAUAUUCUUGCAGCCAACGGGUUCUCGCAGGUACAACUAGAGCGGAAGGAGAAGUGCCCACCUGUGUUUGUGGAGGGCGAUCCGCCGGAUUUGAGCCCGAAAAUUCGCCUACUGAUCGCGCAGAGGCUGAAAAGUGAGUUGGCAACGUGGACCAAAUCUAAGUCUGCCACGCCAACCGAGAACGAAACGGCUUUCGUUAUCGGCUACGACAUUGAUCAAGACAACGGACGUUUCCGCAUAGUUUACUCUAGUGUGAAGCUGUUAUCCCUAUUUCGAACAUUGGAUGUGCUAAGUGCAGACUGCACGUUCAAGACAACCAUGCAAGGGUAUCCACUAAUGGUGGUAUGUCUUGUAGAUAAAAUGCGCCAUGCGCACCCUGUAGCAUUUGCUACUGUGACAAAACAGGAAAAAGCGGACUAUGAUUUUGUCUUUUCCGCGAUUUUCGAUCAGUGCUCGAGGCUCGGUAUAGAUUGCACGGUGAAAGCUUUCAUUAGCGAUGGAGAGAUUGCUCUAAAAAAAGCGGCACGAUCGGUGUUUGGUGAACACGUAUUAAUGAUCAAUUGUUACUUCCACGUGGUACAAAACAUAAAAAAGCACAUUACGAAAAAUAAGACAAUACCGGCAGAAUGCAAGGAAACUAUUCUGAAACGCGUUGCGCAAAUUCAAGUUUCACCAACACAGCUGCAUUUCGAAACAGCCUGCAGUCUGUUCCUCAAAGAAUACAAGCAGUUCCCGGAUUUCGUGAUUCGUGAAUUAUUAGACAAUUCGAUAGGAUAUAAUCUUUGA